UACAGACUAGAGGAACAAAGGCUGUUCUCAGCUAACUGGAGUCUAGCUCAGCCAAUCACAGAGUUCCCUUCUGGCCGUGUCAUCAGGACCUGAUGAGGAGAGGAUGCUUUUUAUUCUGUAGUUGAAAGGCAGAGAAAUGCCAGGUCUGAGCAGCCUCUGGGGAUAACCUGCUCUCCAUGAUGUGAAUGAACAGCGUCUCUCUCUCUCUCUCUCUCUCUCUGCUUCUUGACUGGGCUACGCAUCUCUGUAACAGACAUCAGCAGGCACUGGGAUCCUGGGCCUCCUGGCUUUCCAUUUGCAGCCGGACUGACAUAUUUAUAUUCCGUGGUGUUUAUCAGCAGUGCUGGUUUAUCAGAGCUCCAUGUACGACAAUCUGUACCUGCAUGGAUUCGAUGACUCGGAGGCGGGUUCAGCAGAUUCCUACACUAGCAGGCCAUCUGAUUCUGAUGUUUCCCUGGAGGAGGAUCGUGAUGGGGUUCGUCGUGAAUCAGAGCAGCAGGCAGCAGUACAACUUGAAAGAGCCAAAACCAAACCGGUUGCAUUUGCUGUAAGAACAAAUGUCACUUAUUGUGGAGCUCUGGAUGAAGAUGUACCAGUCCCAGGAACUGCCAUCUCUUUUGAUGCCAAAGACUUUCUACAUAUUAAAGAAAAGUACAACAACGACUGGUGGAUAGGGCGAUUGGUGAAAGAGGGCUGUGAAAUUGGAUUCAUCCCAAGCCCCCUCAAACUCGAGAACAUCCGAAUACAACGGGAGCAGAAAUCUCGACAGGGACGUUUUUACAGCGGGAAGUCCAGUGGGAACUCUUCUUCCAGCCUCGGUGACAUGGUGUCUGGUACGUGGCGUUCUCCCUCCCCUUCUGCAGCAAAACAGAAGCAAAAAGUGACUGAGCACAUUCCUCCUUAUGAUGUGGUGCCGUCCAUGAGGCCUGUUGUGUUGGUGGGCCCAUCACUGAAAGGUUAUGAGGUUACUGACAUGAUGCAGAAAGCUCUCUUUGACUUCCUAAAGCACCGGUUUGAUGGAAGGAUAUCAAUUACACGUGUGACAGCCGACAUAUCACUGGCCAAGCGUUCGGUCCUAAAUAACCCCAGCAAAAGGACAAUAAUGGAGCGUUCCAACACGCGGUCCAGUAUAGCUGAAGUACAGAGUGAAAUUGAAAGAAUCUUCGAAUUGGCCAGAACUUUACAGUUGGUUGUUUUAGAUGCGGACACCAUUAAUCAUCCUGCCCAGCUCAUCAAGACCUCCUUAGCACCAAUCAUUGUUCAUGUCAAAGUUUCUUCUCCAAAGGUGCUGCAGAGGUUGAUAAAGUCCAGGGGAAAAUCACAGAGUAAAAACCUCAAUGUCCAGUUGGUGGCAGCAGAUAAACUGGCACAGUGCCCUCCAGAAAUGUUUGAUGUUAUCCUGGAUGAAAACCAAUUGGAGGAUGCAUGUGAGCAUUUGGCAGAAUACCUUGAAACAUACUGGCGUGCGACACACACCCCCAGCAGCGCACCACUGAAUCCAUUGCUGGGCCGAAACCUAGGUAGUACUGCACUGUCAACAUAUCCUACAGCUAUCUCUGGGUUGCAGGGCCAACGGAUGAGCAACAGCAAUCACUCUGGUGAACACUUACCUGUUGAACGAACACGCUUGGUGCACUCUGAUGAAAAUGGUCACAGCGAGAGGGCGCGGAAGAACCGUAACCGUUUGUCUUCAGGCUCCCAGCAUAGCCGAGGCCAAUACCCACUUGUGGAGGAGGAGUAUUCUGACCCCUAUCAGGACACAUACAAAUCACGAAGGAGUCACGGAUCACCUGGAGGCCACAGCCACGAUUCUCAGCACAGGCUAUGAAAAAUGUUGCUACUCACCUAUAAGAUACAAAAUAGAGAAAAGUUUUUUUUUAAAAAAAAAGUAAACCCCUGCCUUGCAAUGUGUAACUCAUGAACAGGGAAGUAUCUAGGCAGUAUUUAAUAGUCUAUUAUUGAAACAACUCUAUGUGGUUUUCAGAAAGUCAUUUUUUUUUUUCUUUUCAGGCUGGUUUACACACAAGGGAAGCAGUCUGGUAACGUGUUUUCCAAAACGCUUUACUAGAUUUGUAAAUAUGAAGAAAGUGUGGUGGUGCGAUCUGUGGUACCGUGAGUUACGGUCACUGUGUCACUGAUUUCAUCUGCCUCUAUAUAUUUUUAGCAUAUAAAAUAACCACAUAUAUAACUACAGUUGGUGCUAAAGCAGAUACUUUCUCUGUUCAAUGCCAACUUAGCCCUACAGUCAGUGUGGUGGAUCUUGAGUACAGGUGGGUUCCUAGCACUUAAUCUGCCUGAAAACUUCCCAAUGCAGUGACAAAGCUCCUUUAAUGCAUAACACUCUUCACCUGAUUUCUUGUUAGCAAUAAAUGGUAUUGCAAUACAACCCUGCACUACCAUUGUUUCAACAAAUUUUGCUUCAGCGUAUGGUUCCAGAAUUUACACAGCUCUCCAUUAUGUGUACAGCACACUUACUUGCAUGAGACAAGCAGUAACAAAUCAUAUAUUUACAAGCAAGAUAUUAUUUAAACUUAAAGAAAAAUAAAUUAAGCUUUUAUGCAUUUGCUAUUUGUGUAUGGUUUUUGAAAGGUAUUAUUUAUAAAGAAUGAAUUCAGGCUGUACAUUAUCUUGCUGAUGUUAAUUCCUAUAUUUUUCAUGUUUAGAGAAUUCAAUGUUAUUAGUUAGCAGAAGCAAUAGUGCACCAAAUUCUAGUAAAGUUACGGUCUCUCGCCAGGACAACUUGUAUGGUGGUAUCCAUUUAUUAAACCCUUGAUUUUUGAAGAGAA